AUGGUUGAGCGGGAAGAGGUAGAGAAGCUCAACCGUGGAUACGUCCGCAACAUCUGCUUCACCGAACUCGUCAAGCUCCAUGUAAUCCUCAAGUGUGCUACUCUCAAUCAAGUUGUCUUUGCCCUCAAUCGUGACCUGGCCUUGAUGACAAUUUCAACAGUCUGGGUCGAAAUUCGCUCUCAAGUAUUGCUUGAAUACCGAGACUUCGUCAAGUGUACUGUUCCCGGAACUAUCUAUUGUAGCAAGUCUCGUUGUCCAUAUUGCGGCGCACUCGUCAAGAUCCAUGGCGUCUCCGACCAUGUUGUGAACAAGCAUCCUGAGAUCAACCCCAACUCAAUCCCCAAAUCGUCUCUUCCGGCUGCCUCCCAGAACAAGCUCCAUUGUCUUGAUUGUCCCGUCACCAAACGCAAGCGGGUGUUCACCAAAACAGCUUUGGCGGCACAUUGCAAAGCACUCCACACUACCAAGUGA